AUGGAACCUUUUGAUAAAAGUGAGAAGAAAGAUGGUGAAACAUGUUAUGCAUAUGUUGAUGCUGAAAUGGCUCAAUUUGAAGAAGUAGCUGGUACAUGUUCAAAUAAAGAUAAUAUUGAUGAAGCAUGUUGUACAGUUCGAAGUGUAACAAUUGGUUUAUUAUAUGUUGUUGGAAUGUCAUAUCUUCAUCAAUGGGGAAAUUUUCAAAUUGCAGCCCCAUUUAUUUCAUCUGUCUUAGUUAUUGUUAGUUCAUAUCCAAUGGGACAUUUAUGGACAUAUAUUGUUCCACGAGCUAAACCAUUUACAAUGAAAGAACAUGGUUUUAUAUUAGUUAUGGCUAAUGUUGCAUAUAUGUUUAAUUCUGUAUUUAUUUAUGCAACACUUACAACAUUGAAAGUUCUUGAAAGAGAAAAAGUUAAUUUUGCAUAUUAUUUCUUUUUUAUGCUUUCAAUUCAAUUUCUUGGAUUUGGUCUUGCAGGUAUUCUUCGUCGAUUUUUAGUUUGGCCAUCUGAAGUAAUUUGGCCACAAAAUUUACCAUUAAUAGCUGUGUUACGUACAUUACAUGAUCGACAAACAAGUGUAACCGAAGCAUCAUUUGGAGAUGUUAAACGUAGUUUAAUGCAAAAAAUUCUGACAAAUCGUUUAUUAUUUUUUGUUGUUAUAACAUUAAUAUCAUUUACAUAUGAAUGGUUACCAUUAUAUAUAAUGCCAAUCUUAGCAUAUUUUUCAUGGAUGUGUUGGAUCAGUCCAUCAAAUGUUCCAUUAGCUCAAUUAACAGCAGUACGUGGUCUUGCUAUUGGUGGUGGUGGUUUAACAUUAGAUUGGUAUAUGGUAACACGAUAUCUUGGUUCACCAUUAAUUUUACCUGGUUGGGCAUUAAUAAAUAUUGCAUUUGGUUUUGUUUUAAUAAUUUGGUUAAUUACUCCAAUUAUUUAUGGAACAAAUAUGAGAAGUUUUACAACAUUACCAAUUGGUGGUGUUGUUUCAACUGAUUUUACAGCAUUAAGUAUUGUAACAGCAUUUGCAUCAUUUGCAAGUAUAACAGCUGUUUUUGUUCAUUUAUUAUUAUUUCAUUCGAAAGAUGUUUGGUUACAAUUAACAACAAAAAGUUUAGGAAAUAUGGGAAAUGAUAUGCAUGCUCGUAUGAUAUCACUUUAUAAAACAGUACCUGAUUGGUGUUAUUUAGAAUUAUUUGGAUUAGCAUUGAUUGUUGCAUGUGUUACAUGUGAUAAUGCUGGUUGGUUACCUUGGUAUUAUGUUUUAUUAGCAUUAUUUGUUGGUGCAUUAUUUGCAUUACCAUUUGGUUUAGUUUCAUCAAUAACAGGACAAUUAUUACAUAAUUUAUCUGUUUAUUAUAUUUGUUUAUUAAUUGGUCAAUCUUUAUCUUUACAAUCAAAUGCUAAACAUAUUUAUACAUUUAUUGCACUUGGUUAUGUUGUUUUUGUUCAAACAUUGGUUUUAAUUCAAGAUAUGAAAUUUGCACAUUAUGUUAAAAUAGGUCCUAGACCAUUAUUUGCUGCACAAUGUUUAGCUGGUUUAGUUUGUUCAACUGUUUCAAUUGGUAUUCGUUAUAUGUAUACAACAGGUGGAUCAUCAGCAUCAACUUGGUCCAUUUUUAAUAAUACAAAACUUGGUUGGACACUUUUAAAUGAUUAUGUUGGAUUUUUUACUGGAACAAAUUUAUCAAAUCGAGGUUUAUUUUGGGCUUUUUAUGUUGGUGCAUUUUUACCAAUUCCUGGAUGGAUUUUAUCUAAAUUUCCACGUUUUUAUUGGUUAAAAAAACUUCAUUGGCCAUUAAUUUUAGUGACAGUUGGAUGGAUGCCAUCAAUUGUUCCAGCAGGUGCUUUAUUUACUUGGCUUUUAAUUAGUUUAACUAUUUAUUUUACAUUUGGUAAAUAUAGUUAUAGACAACGUCAUGUUUAUUUAGUUUCAGCUGGACUUGAUCUUGGUCUUAAUAUAACAUUAAUUAUUAUAACUACAGCAUUUAAUAAUAAACAAAUUUAUUUUCCACAAUGGUGGGGAAAUCGAAAUAGUUCCGUCUAUGAUAGUUGUCAAAAAGCUGUUCAAACUUGGUAA